AUGGAACAAAGGAUUAGUGAAUCAAACACAAAACACUAUGGCACUGCACUGUGUUGGUGGUUAACAGUUUCCAUCGUAGCAAUCCUCGUAGUUUGUGCUGGUCUUUUCACCAUACUAACCAACUUUCAUCAUCACUCUCAUUCUCAUUCUCAUUCUCCUCAACAACCCUCCAACAUCGUUCCCAAAUACGCCUCUUCUCUUCAAUUAGCCCUCCAAUUCUUCGACGUCCAAAAAUCUGGUAAGGUGCAGAAUAAUAGGGUUUGGUGGAGAGGGGAUUCGGGGUUACGAGACGGGAUUGAAGCGAAUUUGGAUUUAUCCAAAGGAAUGUAUGAUGCUGGUGAUCUUAUCAAAUUUGGAUUUCCUAUGGCUUUCACUGCUACUGUCUUGUCUUGGGCUAUUCUUGAAUAUGGACAUCACAUGGAUGCAGUGAACCAGUUAGAUUAUGCAUUAGAUUCUCUCAACUGGAUCACUGAUUAUCUUGUUAAUGCACAUCCUUUUGCUGAUGUUCUUUACAUUCAGGUAGGGGAUCCUGAAGUGGAUCACAAUUGCUGGGAAAGGCCUGAAGACAUGACCGAGAAAAGGCCACUAACUCAAAUUAACUCAUCUUUCCCAGGAACAGAAGUUGCUGCAGAAACUGCAGCAGCACUAGCCUCAGCAUCUCUUGUUUUUAAGGAUAUUAACCUCACUUACUCUGAGAUUCUACUUGAACAUGCUCAACAACUGUUUACUUUUGCUGAUACAUACAAAGUUUCCUACGGUGUCAGCAUCCCUCAAAUUGGAAAGUUCUAUAACUCAUCUGGCUAUGAUGAUGAACUUUUAUGGGCAGGUUCUUGGCUCUAUCAUGCUACAAAGGAUCCAUCAUAUCUAACUUACGUGACAGAAAAGAAUGAGAAUGAAUUUGGCAGUUUAGGAAGUUUAUCUUGGUUUAGUUGGGAUGAUAAGCAUGCUGCAACUCAGGUUCUUUUGUCAAGAGUAAAUUUCUUUGAUGUUAGAGGUAUCUCUGAUGAAGAGAACCUUGACCUUCAGAAGUACAGAGAAGCUACUGAAAUACUAAUGUGCAAGCUCUUACCGGAUUCACAAACAGCCACAACCAACAGAACCAAAAGUGGACUAAUUUGGGUGGUACCAUGGAACUCUUUGCAACAUUCAGUGGCUUCUGCCUUCUUAGCUGUUCUUUAUAGUGAUUACAUGUUGACAUCUCAAACUGAAUUCCUAUAUUGUAGUGGAAAAAUGUAUAAGCCAGUAGAUCUUCGUAAAUUCGCCAUUUCUCAGGUAGAGUAUGUUUUAGGAGAAAAUCCAAUGAGAAUGAGUUUUGUUGUGGGAUAUGGAAAUGAGUACCCUAAAUAUACACAUCAUAGAGGAUCUUCAAUUCCUUUUGAUGCAAAAACUGGGUGUAGGGAUGGAUUCAAGUGGUAUGACUCACCUCAACCAAAUCCUAAUGUGGCAUUUGGAGCUUUAGUGGGUGGCCCCUUUUUUAAUGACACAUAUAAUGAUUUUAGGAACAACUCAAUGCAAGCUGAACCAACCACUUACAGUAAUGCACUUUUGGUUGCUCUUCUUUCUGGCUUGGUUGCCACUUCCAAUGUUGUUUUGUCUUUCUAGAAUCCAUAUGUAUGUAUAUGUACGAUCCAAUUUUUAGUUGUGGCAUGUGUAAAUAAAUACUCACUCCACAAGAUAGCAAUAUCUCUAUUAGGACCCCUACCAAAUGUUUAGCUUAGUUUGUUUCAUGUGUUUGCAAAUAUAAUAGUUAGUAAUAUUAAUUUUUAUUUAAUUUC